AUGUUGCUCCUGGGACCCAAGGUGCUGCUGUUCCUCACUGUACUCAUCGUGCCCUCUGAUGAUGUGACUCAAGUGACUCAGGAAACAUUCACAGAUGAUCCUAAUCUGGUGAAUGACCCACCAACAGAUGAAACAGUUCUGGCUGAUGUCGAGCCUUCCAUAGAUGAUCUGGCCUCAUCCAAUGAUAAAAAUACCACCACAGAGGGUAUUUGUUUACGACGUAUGUACAUCAUCAAUAAUGAGAUCUGCUCUCGUCUUGUCUGUAAGGAACACGAAGCUAUGAAAGAUGAACUUUGCCGUCAGAUGGCUGGUCUGCCCCCAAGGAGACUUCGUCGCUCUAACUACUUCCGACUUCCUCCCUGUGAAAACAUGGAUUUCCAGAGACCCGGUGGUCUGUGA